AUGUCGGCAGAAUUUAAAAAUAUUUGUGAACCAUGCCUUAGAGAAAAUUUAAACGUGAGUGCAACCUUUUAUUGUCGAGACUGUAUGGAGAUAAUGUGCGAAGAAUGUAAACGACAUCAUUUAAAAUAUUCGCCGUCAGCAAACCAUAAACUACAUAACAUUGGAGUAAACGAAAAUUUAAGCCAACUGAACAGUAUUAAAAAGUUAUCAAAGUGCCCGAAUCAUGAAUCGGAAGAAGUGAAAUAUCUUUGCAAAAACCAUGACAAACUAUGUUGUAACCAGUGCGCGAUAGCAGCACACAGAAAGUGUGAACUAAUUGUUUCUCUUGCUGAUGAAGUGAAAGAAUCUUCAACAGAAAACAGUACCAGAGCCCGUUUACAAGAAAUUGGCAAACAUUCAGAUGCUCUGCUUACGCAUGAAAAACAAUAUCAAAAGUCUAUCGAAGCAUCGACUUAUGAAAUAAAGGAAUUUCUAUUAAAUUUCAAGACCAAGAUUGAUGAAGCGUAUGACAGGUUACAAACGAAACUUUUACUCGGCUUGACAAACAAGAGUGAGGAUGCAAUAAAAGAAAGUAAAUCACAGGAGGAAGCAGUUAAUGAAUUGAAAGCGGACGUGAAAAGAUCAUUGGCUAGUCAAGAGUUCGCAGCUAAAUUUGGACAUAAUGUUCACUCAUACAUAACGGAGAAAGAAUUGCGAGGGGAUAUUCAGCGAAAACUAGAUAGUAUGAAAAAGCUGCAUACCAGCUCUAGUGCAAGAUCAAUUGAACUUUUUGAGAAAACACCAAUAAAAGAACUCCUGGAUUCUUUAUCCGAUUGUUUUGAUAUCGGCGCCAUUGUCAGUAAUCGCAAUUUACCGCCAUGCCCAGGAUAUAAUGAUUUUAAAAAACGCGAAGCUAUUUUAAUAAAAGAAAUAGACCUGCAGGAAGGAGACUGUUAUCCACGAUAUUGCAUUUGGAUGGGAAAAUAUAUUGUAGUUUCUCUCCAGAGUGAGAUGAAGCUGAAGGUAUUUGAUCAAGAAAGUGGCAAUUCUUUUGAAAAGCAACUAAAUAACAACCCUUGGGCAAUGACAGUUCUUGAUAGAUCAAUGUUUGCAGUAAUGUCUUAUGGCAUAAAAAUCAUGAAAAUUGAAAACUCCUGCUGCCAGCAUAUAAGGUCAAUAGAACUUACUGGAGUAUCGACUACUGCAGGUGUUUCAUUCAACAGAGAUGACAGACAACUAAUAGUGUUGUCGCAGUCAAAUGAAACCUUUAUCAUACUUCCCAUGGAUGAUGUAGGUGCACAAAGUUCAGCGAUUUUGCUCGACCAAAAAGGAAAAGAGGCAGCAAAGAGCGCAUACAGUUUUGCGUUCGAUAGCAAAUUGAAAGUUCUAUAUUUGUUAUCGUCAGGGUCUAACAAAAUAUGCACAAUUAACAAGAAAGGUGAAACCAUAUUCGAGUAUACGAAUGAACAUCUUAGUUAUCCCUCCUCUAGUGUCAUUGAUUACGACGGCAACAUUUACGUUGCAUCAACUUAUGGGCAUUGUAUCCAACAGAUCAACACAAAUGGUGUGCUGAUAAGAAAUGUGAUAACAUCUAGCAAUGGAAUCGUUUCGCCUUACGGGAUUUGCUUCAAUGAUAUAAUGACAAAAUUUGCAGAAACGUGCAAACACAAAGGGAAAGAACUGAAAAUUUAUAAGUUCGAGUAG